UAAUCAUAAAUUUUUGAUUGUCAACAAUUUUACGUUUUUCGUUGAUAAGAUAAGAAUUAAACAUUUCCAAAAUACCAGUAUUGUCGGAUUUCUGUAAAGCAUUUAUUUACUUUGCAUUUUUGUAAAAUUUAGUUUCUAAGUAAAAGAAAGUUUCAAAUAACAAUGAUCAUUCCAGUAAGGUGUUUUACCUGUGGCAAAGUUAUUGCCAACAAGUGGGAAUCUUACCUGGGCUUAUUACAAGCUGAAUACACAGAAGGGUAAGUCGUAUUAUUAUAAUAAGUAUCAUCAAAUAAUCAAUUCUUAAAUUUGUAUUCUGUUACAUGACCACUGGUGUAACUAUGUAUCAAUGCUUAGCUACACAUUACUUGGUCAAAUAAAUAAUUAACAAAAGGGCCUCUUUAUAUUGUUGUUCUGAGACAUGUGAUCCACAAAACUCAAUAAGUCCUAUUAAAAAAAAAUAAUCAUGUUAGAUUUAAAUCUUUAGCAGCUAAAUUAAGAGGACGCCACACUUGCAUCUACUGUCUAAGUCUUAAUUUUGAUUUUUGAGUAAAAGUACUCAUUAUGAAAUUUAUAGAAAACAAAAUUUAGAGAGAAUUUCAUGUUUUUUGACCUAUGGACUAUGUAUUAAAAAUGUUACUUAUUUAAAAAACUAAAAAAAAGUCUAUGUCUUUUAUAUCAAGCUGUAUAUUUAGAAUACAAAAACUCGAUAAGGUUCCCUUCAAAAUACUCUUCUAUAUAUAUUUCUUAACUGGACUUUUACUAUAAAAUUAAAUUUAAACUAAUUUUACUUAGGUAGUCUGUGUAAGCAUUGUUUGUAUAUAUUACAAUAGUUGGACUGAGACAGUAGAUGCAGUUUGUGGCAACCUCUUAAACAAAUAAACGUAUUAGCCCUAUGUCAGCUAUAAAUUCAUACCUAAAAUGCAUUAAUGGGCUGUUCUUAUAUCAAUAUAAUUUAAAUAUAAAGAAUUUAUUUCAUAAAUUUUCACUUGCUUGAAAUUGACAUGUUACACAUUGUACAGAAUAAUUGAAUUAUAUUACCUAGAUUUUGUUUUAAGCUUUGUGGCAAUUUAUACAUUUUGUUUUGAUAUUUAUCUGUUCAAAAUGUACAUAUAAAGUCUUGUAACUAUUUUUAUUUUUCAUCUUAUUUAUUCUGAUUUUCAUUAUUUUCUAAUUUUAAUUUUUUUUUGAAAUAUUGAAAAAUUAAAGCAAGCAUAAUAUUCAAGUGAUUACUGUCCCACCGGUCAGGUUAUUACUGUCAUUUUCUUCAAUUUGGAUCCCAAAUUGUCUUCUUUUCAAUUCAAUAUAAUAUUAUUAUGUAAUUUGGUGCUCAUUAACAAUGUCCUACAUAAAAUAGUUGUAAUGUCCUAAAAGUAUGUUCAUGAACAUAAAAAUAUUAAAUAUACAAACAAUAAGACUUAUAAUUUAGAUAAUUUGGUUAUUAUAAUAUGGAAAAAUAUUGUUGGUUAUUUAGUUAUUAUAAUUAGUACCUAUAAUGGUAACUUUUACAUUUUAAUAUUACUUUAACUUUACUGAGUUUACUUUACAUGGUUAUUUUAAUGUUUGGAUAUAAUUAUUAUAUUUAAUCAUAUUUAUGAUUUGUAUUAUUUUGCUUUCAGGGAUGCUUUAGAUGCUUUGGGAUUAAAACGAUACUGUUGUAGACGGAUGUUACUCGGGCAUGUUGACUUAAUCGAAAAGUUACUUAAUUACGCUCCUUUGGAAAAAUGAAUAAAAAAACUAAUUAAAUUAAAUGAAUAAUAAAAUGUAUUUUGUUGUGUAUUUAAAUUUUUUUUUUUUCUAUUUAGAAAAUCUCUUUAAAUUCCAUGUAAAAUUAAAGUAAUAAAGAAUUGACUAAAUGAUCAUGUUUAUCUCCUUUU